AUGCCUUCAGAAACUCUAGAUUAUCAUAGAGAUAUAGUAAUGGAAUAUCCCAUUGAUGACGACCCCACAUAUCUUCAAGAACUAUAUACUCUGCGGUUUAAGAGGCCUGUAAUUACAGGAAUAGUUGUUGGGCUUGCUUACAUCGGAAACGUAGCUGGACCCCUUAUCGGAGGUGGACUAACGCAGUACGCAACAUGGCGAUGGUGCUUCUGGAUCAACUUACCUAUCGGCGGUAUUGCGAGUGCUAUUAUUCUCCUGACUGCCAUCACUCGGCACCAGACUAAGCACGUUGGCUUUCUCGAACUCCUCUCCCUUCUUGAUCUACUAGGAUUUUCCUUACUGGCUUCGGCAGUCAUAAUGAUACUUCUCGUCAUGCAUUAUGGAGGUUCCGCAUAUCAAUGGAACAGCAGCGUUGUAAUCGGACUAUUCUGCGGCUGUGGUGUCACUACUAUAGCCUUCGUAUUUUGGGAGCGCCGACGUAAGGAGAAGGCUAUGAUGCCUUUAUUACUGUUGGCGAACCGCGUUGUCUGGAGUAGCAGUCUUGUAGCCGGGUUUAUGACAUCUGCGCUUCUCGUCCACUCCUACUAUCUGCCAAUAUAUUUCCAGGCCGUAAAAAAUAUGUCACCAAUCCUCAGUGGAAUGAAUCUUCUUCCCAGCAUACUGAGCCAAUUGCUUAGCUCUGUACUCUCUGGCAUAUAUGUUAGCAAAACCGGCUACUGCCUCCCCCCUAUUAUACUAAGCGGCAUCUUGGUACCUAUUGGUAGCGGUAUUCUGUCGCUUCUUGGUCCCGAUGCUGCAGCAGCGAAAUGGAUAGGAUACCAGAUCCUACUAGGUUUGGGGCGCCGCGUUGGCUUACAGAUGCCCGUGAACGCUGUCCAAGCAAUCCUAGAUCCCGACCUCUUACCCGUCGGUGUGUCGCUCAUCGUCUUCGCUCAAACAUUCGCGGGGUCUAUCACCCUAACUGUUGCAAACGCCAUCUUUAAUAGCAGACUCAGAGCAAAUAUUUCUCAUCUCGCGCCACAAGUGUCAGUGGAUAUAAUUAUUAGUGCCGGAGCUACGGAUUUUCGAUCAGUAGUACCCGACAGGUACCUAACACAAGUACUAGAAGCAUAUUCGCAGGCUUUAAGUGCUGUGUUUUACCUAUCAGCCGCGCUUGCGGUCAUGUACCUUGCGUUCUCCUGGGGCAUAGGGCGGACAGAUGUCAGGAAGGAAAUAAGUACCUAG